AUGUAAGAGUGGCCUAAGAAAUUAUUUUUAGCAAUAGCAUUCAUCUCAUGCUUUACAUGCUACGCAAGACCAGAUUACAAUUUACCUCUUUUUGCUUUUGCAUACUUAUUAUGGGACAUCGAUAGACCUGUUUCACAAAAGAUCAGAUUGAUAUACUUAUUCGUAUAUUCUUGGAUUAUCGAUUUUGUGUGGCUGGUUUAUUGGGGUCCAUUUUGGAAUUCAUCAGCUUUCUCGCACAAUUGGGCUGAUGGAAUACAAACAUUUGUGUUAGUGUUGUCAGUUAUCAACUUUAUUAUUAAAUUAGGUACAAUAGUAGUGUGUAUCUUGGCAGAGAAGGAGUGUAAGGAUGCAUUACAUCCGGAGAAUGCGAUGGCACAUGCAAAGAAUAUUUUUAAUAGUGAGGGUCAGCAUUAAUGAAUUACUUAAUAUAGAAAAUUUUGAAAAAAAUUAAUAUCUAUUUUAAAA